CUAGACACAAAAGAGAGAGAUACAGUCAGAAACUCUGUAUAAUUUGUUGUUUGUUGCCUCGGAAAAUUGUAGGGUGAGAGAAGAAAUAUUAACAUACAUAUAUUACCUGCAGUUAUCUGCUAAAAUAUUAUGCAGUAUAUAUGUAUGUGAGUGUACUUGCAGUCUUGUAACGUGAAGAAAUCGAGUUCUGGAAAAGAACGAAAGAAAGAGAAGCUGAGCGAAUCUGUUCAUGUUGCGUACAAAAUCUUUAAAGCGAAAUCAGCCUUACGUUAUCUCCACGACUUCCCACAUCCCCCUCCUUCCCUCUGCGACAAAGAUUUUGUUCCUUCUCAUUUUUUGCUUAAUAAUUUCUCACAAUUUUCGUUAAUUAUUUCCUCUCACUCUGUCCCUCACUAUAUAUAUAGCUAGAGUACGUAAACCUAGCUGCCACCACCGCCACCUACUUCUCUCCGCCGUUGUCCUCAGUUUUCUAAUCCUUCAUCCUUCUAGCCGCCGCCUCCUACUCCAUUAUGUAGCCCUAUACCUAAUUCAUCAUUUUAAACCAAACAAAGAAAAUCAAGAUCAAGAACAAGAAUAGUAACGUACUCGAAUACAUGGCCACUACCAAGCUUGUUUUAUUAACAUUCGCAAUCUGUCGACUUAUUGUCACGGUUGGUUUAACCGUGGACCCAACGGAGCUUCUCCGCCUCGUCGUCGAAGGACAGCUGAGCUUAGACCCGUCCGACGUAAAUACCGCUUCGAAAGAUUUCGGCCUGAUGAGCAGAGCGGAGCCCUUGGCAGUUUUACACCCAGCCUCCGCCCAAGACGUGGUGGGACUGGUGCGGACCGCAUACUCUUCACCGCACGGGUUCACGGUCUCGGCCAGAGGCCACGGGCACUCCAUCAACGGGCAGGCGCAGACCAACAACGGUGUCGUGAUUCAGAUGAGCGGGGGAUCGUCAAGAUCGGGGACGCCGGGUCAGGCGGCUCGAGUGUCGGAGAAGGGUAUGUAUGUGGAUGCGUGGGGUGGGGAGUUGUGGAUAGAUGUGCUCAGGAGCACGCUUGAGUAUGGACUCGCACCGAAGUCGUGGACUGAUUAUCUGUACUUAUCAGUCGGCGGAACCCUUUCCAACGCCGGAAUCAGUGGCCAAGCUUUCAAUUACGGACCUCAGAUUAGUAAUGUUCAUGAGCUCGACGUUGUUACAGGCAAAGGCGAGCUAUUGACAUGUUCAGAAGAGCAAAACUCAGAGCUGUUCCACGCUGUUCUUGGUGGGCUAGGCCAAUUUGGAAUCAUCACUAGGGCUAGAAUUGCUCUUGAACUCUCCCCCCAAAGGGUGAGGUGGAUCCGAGUACUGUAUUCCAAUUUUUCGGCUUUUACCAAAGACCAGGAAUUCCUCAUCUCUCUGCAUGGGCAACCCACCAGCCAGAAAUUCGACUAUGUCGAGGGUUUCGUUAUUGUCGACGAAGGCCUCAUCAACAACUGGAGGUCAUCCUUCUUCUCCCCGAGCAACCCUGUCAAGAUCACCUCCAUUAAUUCUGAGGGUGGUGUUUUAUAUUGCUUGGAGAUUACGAAAAACUACGACGAAUCGACCGCCGUUACAAUUGACCAGGAAAUAGAGGAUUUGUUGGAAAAACUGGAUUUUGUACCGACGUCAGUCUUCACGACUGAUCUUCCAUACGUGGAUUUUCUGGACCGGGUUCACAAGGCCGAGUUGAAGCUCCGAUCCAAGGGUUUGUGGGACGUCCCCCAUCCAUGGCUUAACCUUUUUGUCCCCAAAUCAAGGAUUUCUGACUUCGACGAAGGGGUGUUCAAGGGCAUUCUGGGAAAUAAGACAAGCGGACCCAUUCUGAUUUACCCCAUGAACAAAGACAAGUGGGACCAGAGUAGCUCGGUGGUGACGCCCGAUGAGGACGUUUUUUACCUUGUAGCGCUGCUAAGAUCGGCCUUGGAUACCGGGGAUGAGACCCGCACCUUGGAGCACUUGACCAAUCAGAACCGUCAGAUCCUCAGAUUCUGCGAUGAUGCCGGGAUCGAGGUGAAACAGUACCUCCCGCACUACACUACUCGGGAGGAGUGGAUGGACCACUUUGGAGAUAAGUGGGACCGGUUUUACCAGAGGAAGAUGAAGUUCGACCCCCGGCGCAUUUUAGCCACCGGCCAACGUAUUUUUAGCCCUUCAUCGGGUUCUUCUGGUGGUGGGGUUGGUAGUGCUAAAUUGUCAGUUUAUUGAUGAACGAAACGCACAGCUUCUAGGGUUAGUCUUGUGCAUGUAAAUAUUUUAGAUGAAUUUUCUUUUGGGAUGUGAUAUCUACAUCUCUUUUUACUUCUUCCACAUAUUUUUA